CUAAACUAAACCAAUCCUUUGUCAUAUGCGGCCAACAAGCAACAAAACACAGCAAGCGACGGAGAAUCGGUCUCGACUAUGUGGCUCCCACUUCUCCCAUAAACCCCUUGCGUUCUCGUCUUUCCCCCAACAACAGCAUAUUUGCAGAGUUUUAGAGAGAGAAAGUGAAGGGGGGAGAGAGAGAGAGAGGGGAUUGCGCUAGAUCGUCUCGUCCAGAGUUGAGAUCGGUCAGUGAUCGAUUGAUCUGUAUCAGAUUCGAUUCAUGGACGAGGUGAUUACAGCAGCCGAUGUGACGUCGUCGUCGUCGCCGCCGUCGUCUCCAGCUGCACUCCUUCCUCCCAACCUCCCUCUGCUCUCUGCAUUCCUCGCUUUCGCUAUCGCCCAAUUCCUCAAGGUCUUCACGACUUGGUAUACAGAAAAGAAAUGGGAUUCUAAAAGGAUGAUUGGUUCUGGUGGAAUGCCGUCAUCACAUUCUGCCACUGUGAUGGCUUUAGCAGUAGCUAUAGGUCUGCAAGAAGGAACAGGAGGACCAACUUUUGCCAUUGCAAUUGUCUUGGCAUGUGUUGUUAUGUAUGAUGCUUCUGGGGUCAGACUUCAUGCUGGUCGACAAGCCGAAUUGUUGAACCAAAUUGUAUGUGAAUUUCCUCCAGAACACCCUUUAUCCAAUUCCAGGCCUCUGCGUGAUUCACUUGGGCAUACUCCGCUUCAGGUUCUUGCAGGAGCCAUGUUGGGAUGCCUAGUAGCAUAUCUAAUGAAGAACUCCAAUUAGGUGGGUGGCGGACCAUGCAGUAUCACUGAGACCGAUUCAAUCUCUGUGUCACCAAUUUGUUGUUGUAGAUAGAUAUGCAUAUCAAUAUUAGCUAGGAAGAUUAUACAGGACUGCUGUAAAAUCAGCUCUUAAUUGCAUGAAGUAAGUUAAAUUGGAUAGUGUUUUAAUAUUAGUUUCUGUUGAUGUUUAUACAAGUAGUAUGUAUGAAAGUAUAUGUACUAUUCCGUGAAUGACUCUUGAAAAUUAAGAGAUGCUUGGUGGGUUUUUGCUGCAUCAACUGCGGAUAACUUCAUAUACAUUGUUGGACUUAAUUUUUAAUUACUCAAGUUUUUAGGAUAUUUGGUUAUUUAA